AUGCAUCUUGGCCCGGAGGAUCUUGCAAUCGCAGCACCAGCCGCAUUUUUCCCGUUGUUCGGAGAUCUCAACAACCCGUCCGCCAGCAUGGAUGCGGUGGAUCCAAUCUUUGCUCUGGCAGCGGUGAACCCGCUUCUUGCUGCUGUGGUCCUUCCUGUGUACUUCGCCCUCUCAGUCUGGAGCACGCACCGAGUGGUAUAUUUUCUGCUCACCUGGAGCGCCACGCAGACUGCCAAGAGGUGCGACCGCUGGGCACAAGAGUGCGAAGCCACGCCGGCCUCCUCCUGGUGGCAGCGCCGUGUCGUACCGUUCAUUUUUCCUUCACAGAAACACCGGUCGAGGUUCUGCAGAGAUGUCGAGAAGUUCGAGGCUUGCCCAAAGUACGUGCAAGAACUCCGUCUCAUCGCCACACCUGCGACCGCCGGCGGGGAUGCCACGCCUACGCCUGCUCGUGCGUUCAGCUCGAUCACCAACGAGCACCACAACGGCAAGGGAGAUUCCCACCGUUGUUCCGUUUUUCUCGGGACCAUCAGGAAAGGGACCGCAAGGGCAUGGAGAGAAAUUCGCGCUGCCGCCAAGCGUGUGGGGGCCGUUGCGAAGUGCGCGUGGAGCGAGACGAGGGAAAAGGUUUACUUCGCCGUGCUCAAGAAAACUGGCAUUGAGCGAAAAGUCGGCGGCAGCAGCUGCAGCGUUGUCGGUGGGCACUCACCCGCCCAGCCCCGCAAGGCUCCCAGCGACGAAGACAGGGUUCUGGCCGCACAGAGAACCCUACGGGGGUCCGACACAACGAGCGCUGUGCGGCUGGCGUUCGGCCUCAACACGCCCCUGCAAUCUCGGGAUAGCGUUGCUUCACCGAGUUGGCGACUGCGAGCGAGGGAGCCGUGUCUAGCUUGGAGAGACUGGGACGAUUUAUCUUUGAAGGUUUUCUUGGCAGAGGAGGCCCGUACGUCGAGACACCCUGUGAAAUGGCGGCGGCAGGUGGAGGAGUUCUACCACCGAGCGGCGUUGCCAACACUGGCCCGGCAGUGGAACGUGCCGUUUCUGAGCAAGGGGAAUUUCUGCGGCAGAAGGAGGCAGCCAAGAAUCUCGACCACGUCAUCGGCGACAACGGCCGCCUCCAGCCGAGGAGGGUCGGAUCUACCGCCGUAUUCCCACUUCCUCCAGCUCUGGGAGGACGUCUGCGAGACCCAUGAUGGCGUCAGAGACUUCGCGUUCCCACCGAAGGGGGCAGUUUCCAGCGCUAGGGGCGCUUUUUCUGAGGUGCUGGGCGAGAAGCGGCCGGAGGAACAACGCCGGGAAACGUUUUGCGAGCUUCUUGGGGUUCUGAUGAAACUCGAGCCCCGACCCCCGGCCCUGCGCCACUUCUUGGCCCCUUGGCCGACUGAGAGCACUGCCAGCAGCAGCACCGCGGCUACGAGACUUGUCGGGGGCCGUCGGAACCGAGAAGGGCAACACCAGCAAGAACAAGCUCGUGGGGAAGACGAGGCAUCGUGGGCCGGCACACGCACGACAAGGAACGGCGGCGGCGACGGCGGCGGGUCCGAGAGCGCUUCAUUUGGCGGCACCUGGCUCAACGGCGGGGGUAGCGACGCCAGGAGAGAGGACCAGCGGCAGCAGCGUCUUCGAGGGGUCGCGGCGGGAGGACUGCCGGUCACGCUCGACCGGCCACCGCACAAUGACAGGAGCAGGGGCAGCACCACUACGAUCAGGCAGGUGGGAGUGGCGGCGGCGACGGCUGAGGGUCAAUCGGCCGUUCCCCUCCCCCGGAACUUCAGGCUCUGGGCUUUCCUCACUCUACUUGGCGUCCUGGAGGCUUGUGCCGCUCUCCGCGCUCUCGGGGUGACGGCGCUGUCCCUGCCGGUGACCCUUGUCCUGACGGCGAUCGCCCCCGCGGUGGCAGCCGUGGUGUUUUCAGUCUCGUCUCACCCCCGCUCGUGGCCUUCGCCGUGGCCACGGCAGCGGGAUCGACGUCCGCCUCAGGUCGACGCUGACUCCGGCGACGAUCGUCGUCGAGCGACCGCCGUGCCAUUCGGGCGGCGACCGUGGGAGCCAAAUUUACUCGGCGGUGUUGCUGCUGCCGCUGCUGCUGCUGUUGGAUUAGGCGGCCUUUGUGGUAGUGGUGGUGGUGGCGGUGGUGGCGCCGCUGCUGUUGGUUUGGGCGGUGUUGGUGCUGCCGCUGCUGGCGCUGCUGCUGACGUUGGUUUGGGCGGCGUUGGUGGUGGUAGUGGUGCUCGUGCUGGUGCUCCGGCUGCUACUGCUGCUGUUGGAUUGGGCGGCCGCGGAGGCACCCGUCGGAGAAGCGGCGGGGCCGCCUCAAGCGGCAGCCCGACUCGAGGUCGGGUGCCGAGGCGGGCGAGACGAAGAUCGCCCGCAAGGCCGCCGAUGGGCCGCCGGGGGAGGGAGUGUGUCAAUGACUUGGGGAUAGGGUUAAGUGCCUCAUCGUCUCCCGCGACGGCAGUCGGCGGGGUGCGGGCAGUAGCGGCGGGGGUUCCGGGCGGCAUCGCACAGGAGCUGCAGAUGGAGUAGUAGUCGCUCUCCUGUCUGCAUAUAUGUAGCCAUGCCUUCGUACUGUAGUCGCCCUACCGUAUUUUUCAUCACAGUGAAAUGGAAAAACGUCAGCA